AUGAGUUUACCACGGUUGCCGAUUUUGGCUGGAGCUGGUCAGGUCCCCAUAGCACCGUCACCUCAACCACCAGCCAACUCCGUCAGCGUUCCUCCACCAUCGGUAAUGAGAGCAUCGUCACUAAGAUCUGAUGAUGCCACAGCUUCCCAGCCAAGAAAACUGGAAGUGGUAUCUAAACAAGCUACUAAAGUCACCGCUUUAUCUACUAAACUAGAAUGGAAAAUCGACCAGUUCGAAAAACUGAUGAAACUAUUCAAAAACGGUCAGAAUCUCAUAAGCAGACAAUUUGGCGUGCCGCAAGCGCCCACAGUAUGCUGGGAACUUCACGUUUACCCGAAUGGAAAGCGGGAAGAGGAUAUGAACAAUGUGUCGUUCUUCCUUCGUCAAGUUGGCUUGCAGCGCGGUGAAGAACCAAUCAUGACGGAAUUUCAAAUUUAUGCAUUGGAUGUAAGCUCUCAACGGGUUAGUGUAUGUAGGGAUACCAAGGAUUUCACAAAUCAACAGGGCCGCGGAAAAUUUCAGGUUUCUCGAGACAAGAUGACGGGCGCACUGCGAGCUGACGGAUCGCUUUUGCUUAUUUGCGAGGUGGAGUAUUUCACGCCAGGGUCGAAAAUUUCUGUGGAGCCAGCUGAUGAUGAAGAAUGCGCGCUUGAAGAUGUUGAUGAGAAAGUUGAGCUCAGUAUACGGGAAAGCAAUAGGGAAAUGUGGGAGUCGGAGCUGUUUACGGAUUGUGUAAUCAAGGUAGGAAACAGGCCACAUUAGUU